AUGAAAUUAGUACCAGACUUCACUGAUUAUGACCCUGAGGACUAUUUUAGUGCUUUUGAAGAAACUGCUUCUCAUUUGAAUUGGCCGAAAGAACAAUGGAUUUGGCUACUUAGGCCUAAACUUUCCGGUAAAGCGGCUCAAGUUUGUCGACAUAUCAAAGAGACAAAUGAUUAUGAAGUUAUAAAAAAGGCUGUCAUAGAUGCUUUUUCAAUUUCUGUGGAGGGUUAUCGGCAAGUUUUCCGCAAUAAAGUUAAAACUAGUACUCAGACAUACCUAGAGUUUGCUUCAGAAAAAUUAAGAGAUUUUAGGAAAUGGUUAAAAGCUUCAACUAUAACUACCUUUGAACAGUUAGAAAAUCUAAUAGUGUUUGAAGAAUUUGUUAGAAAGCUUCCUUCACAUAUAAUGUUGUACCUUUGUGACAGACAAGAAAAUGACUUGUUAAAGGCAGCUUCUUUAGCAGAUACCUACUCCCUUGUACAUAAAACUAGCAAGAGAUUAGAUCAUAUUGUAAAACAAGUUCCAGGCAAUACUCUGGGUGUUAGUACUGAGGAAUCUAGGGAGUCACUGCUUUGCAAAUAUUGUAGAGUGUCGGUAGGUGUGGUAGAUAACGAUUUUCCUGUGGAAGGAGUAUCCUUCUUGUUGGGCAAUGAUCUGGCAGGUAAUUUAGUUGUUCCAAAUUUGGUGGUAACUGAUCAUCCUAGUGAGGGAAAUGAUUUUAGUAAUGAUGUAGCUUGUGUAAUUACUCGAUCACAGAAAUCAAAAGACCUAGAAUGCUCUGAAGUAAUAGAAAAUGCAGUGGAAAAUAUUAUGAGCAAAGCUGAGCUUAUCAAAGCUCAAAAACAGGAUGAUACCCUAAGUAAUUUUCACAGUCAGGCAGUCUCUAAAUGUGAAAUUGAUAAAUCACCUAGUUUUUAUUAUGAAUCUGGUGUGCUCAUGAGAUUUUAUCGCCCCGCUAAGUUAUCUAAGCUUGACACUUGGGGUGAAAAGCACCAGAUCGUUUUACCAUCCUCUGUAAGAAAACUUGUUUUGGAGGUUGCUCAUGAUGGGAAUGGUGGACACUUAGGGAUUCACAAGACUUAUCACAAGAUUCUUAACCAUUUCUACUGGCCUAACAUGAAAAAGGAUAUAGCAGACUUUAUCCGUACUUGCCACAUUUGUCAGAUUUCAGGAAAGCCUAACCAAAGUAUACCCAAAUAUCCUCUUCAACCUAUUGUAGUUCCUGAUGAUCCUUUUCAUAGGGUAAUUAUAGAUUGUGUAGGACCUCUGCCAAAAACAAAAAAGGGUCACCAAUAUUUGCUCACCAUUAUGUGUCCUACUACACGUUAUCCCAUAGCAAUUCCCUUGCGUAAUAUUUUGGCUAAAACUAUAGCUAAUGCUUUGCUUAAAGUUUUCACCACCUAUGGAAUCCCCAGAGAGUUACAGUGUGACCGUGGUUCUAACUUUACAAGUGACUUAUUCGGUAAAGUUCUGAAGGAACUGGAAAUUAAACAAAUAUUAUCCUCAGCCUACCACCCAGAGUCCCAAGGUGUCUUAGAACGCUGGCAUCAGACUUUUAAAAGUAUGUUAAAAAAAUACUGUCUCGAGAAUAAUGCACAAUGGGAUGAAGGGGUGGAUUUUCUAUUAUUUGCCAUAAGAGAAGCCCCACAAGAGUCUCUCGGAUUUUCCCCUUUUGAAAUGUUAUUUGGAAGGUCGGUUAGAGGACCUCUUAGUGUAAUUAAAGAUGAGUGGUUGAGUGCACCCUCUUCCAGUCAAAUUCAGUCUGUUAAACAAUAUAUGUCAAAGCUCCAGAAAAUUCUUUGUGAUGUUAGGAAAUUAGUUAAAGAAAAUCUCGAAGCUCGACAGUUAGAAAUGAAAACUAAUUUUGAUAGAUCUAGUAAAGUUAGAAAAUUACUCCCAGGCGAUUUGGUUUUGGCUUAUUUUCCUGUUCAUAGUUCUCCCCUAAAGUCAAAGUUCUUUGGACCAUAUAAGGUACUGAAAAAUGUCAACAAUAAUACAUAUGUAAUUGAGACUCCUGACCGUAGAAAAUCCACUCAAAUAGUUCAUAUAAAUCUUUUAAAAAAAUAUCACUGUAGGGAACCUGGACCUUGUUCUAGAGACUUGGUUGUUAAUAUGAUUAAUAUAGAUUCUGCAUCAGAGAAUACCUCUGCAACUGCGAACUCAAUUGAUGACCUCAUACCUUCUUGGAGCCCAGAAUCCAAUUCAGAAGUUUUACAAAACCUGGAAGUGAAGUUGUCCCAUUUACCUAGUGAACAUUCUCAAAGGCUACAGACUCUUAUUAAUAAUGUUUCUUUUUGUGACUUUCCCAGGAAAAGUACUGUACUUCUGCAUGAUAUUGAACUUGUCCCAGGUACGAUGCCCAUUCGUCAACCUCCAUAUCGUCUGAGUCCUGAUCGAAAAGCACAGAUGAAGAGGGAAGUGGAAUAUUUACUCAAACAUGGCCUAGCAGUUCCAAGUAAAUCUCCAUGGGCUUCACCUUGUCUUCUAGUACCAAAGGAGGAUGGUAACUUAAGGUUUUGCACUGAUUAUUCCGCAAGCUGA